AUGCGGACUAAAGUUCCUAGAAACUUUAAAAGCUCUGAUAUGAAUCUUUAUGAUGAGACAACCGACCCAAAGCACCACCUCAACAAUUUUAAAAGUCGGAUGUACUUGGCUGACGCCUCGGAUGCUACACGCUGCAAGGCCUUCCCGACAAUUUUAACGAAAUCGGCCAUGAAGUGGUUUGACAGCCUGCCACCUAAGUCGGUUACUAGCUUCGACGACCUUGCGCGUAAAUUUCUUACGCGAUUUUCAAUUCAGAAGGAUAAGGUCAAGCAUGCACCCAGCCUACUCGAAGUCAAACAGGAGGUCGGCGAAUCCCUGAGAGAUUACAUGGAAAGAUUCAAUAAGGCAUGUUUGAAAAUCCAAGACUUGCCCACUGAGGCGGUAAUAAUGGGGUUAGUAAAUGGCCUCCGAGAAGGAGAAGGACCAUUUUCCCAGUCCAUCUAA